UUUCUUCGAUUCCAAUAGUUCUUGGCGUUGGUGUCUAGGGUUUCGCCAUUCCCAAAUCCUCGAGGUGAAUUCGUCUUAUCCAUUCCCAGAUCUCCGAGCAAGCUUAUGAUGUGAAGGCCAUGGUAAUGAUCGUUUAGGCGCUCGUUUUCGACAAUGGCUUCCAUGAGGACAGACACGAACCUUAGUCCCGCAAGUUGCUCAAAGGGAAACUGUUGCGCACUGUGGUCAGGUGAGCUCGCGAAAACUGAUGUAGAUGAUGCAGUUGAGCUCUCUGUUGCUGCCUCUGAAGCUCUAGUUAUACAUGAGUUAGUCAAGAGCGAUCAGUUAGAGGCAGUGUAUAUACUGGAAGCUGCUCUGCGAAUGAGUAAAUCACGCCUCGAGAGUGUUUGUUGUACAAUGGAUUACCUGGAGGAAGUGGUUGAUCAGAGUGAUUCCUUUUCUGACUUUGAUGAUUCUGUAAUGUUGGAAGCUUUUCAAGAUGUCGGUUUAUCGAGUAGCAUUCAUGAUGGUGAGCCGCAAUGUCAUGUAAGUGUGUGUGAAGGUAGAAAUUGUUUACAGUCGGAAAGCUGUGAUGAUACUGGUGGGAAUGGACAGGAUUCCGAUGAUAAUUUUGUACAAGAUGACAACGGCAAGUUUUCUUCUGGUAAGAUGAGUACCUGUUCAGAAGGAGUAAAGGAUCCUGCAUUGUAUGAAGCAUCUGAGGAGAUCUCAGAAUUCACUCCACCAAAUAAGGACAAUGCUGAUCGUCUAGUUGGGCAGGGUGUCAUGUCUAAACCUUUGGUUCGCGAAACUAGUUUAUUGUCAGAAUCAGAAGAUAUCCCCAUAGAUAAAUGCUCGCUUGUGGAGAAACAUGGAGCUUGUUGUGGAUUAGCAUCACAGUCCAGCGUACACUUCGAUAGGUUUUGUGAGAGAGCUGAUGAAGUGGAUUCAAGCAUUCAUGACGAGGGAUCAUAUAAUCUAUCCCCCAUUGAUCAACUUUGCUCUGUUGUACCGUGCAGCAUUCCACAAGAAAAUGGAGUUCCAUUUCUUGCACUAGGUCAGAAUACGAUAGGCAUACCUGAAACUUGCUUUGGCUCCAUAGAAAAUCACAAUAAGGAGCAUUUGCCUAGGUUUUCAGGUGCUGAGAUUCGGUCUUAUAAACUUCAUGGGCAAGCUGUGGCGUCAUUUUUAAAUGGUUAUGCACAAUCCUCAACUCAAAUGAACUCAGCUUGGAUGAAGAACUACAUCAGACCUGCUCUCAAAGGUAGAGCAGUUACCCAUGCGGAGCCUGAAAACUUGCCAAGCUUAUUGCCUAAGCAACCUAUGUUGGUACAUCAUACAGCAGCAGGAGAAAAUGAAAACCAGAAGAACCACAAUGAAAAACCCGAGCUGCUCGUGGGAAAAGAAAAUCUUGAUGCAUAUCAUCCGAAACGUCUUCAAAACGUACAAUCAGAAUGUGAAGAUCUCUGUGAUAUGCAAGCCCCAGCAAGGAAAAGGGUGCGUUUCUCAGAAUUUGAGGUCAAGCAGCACCAGGAGAAGGUAUCCCAAGAGCAACAAGGUUUUACAGCUUCCAGAAGUAAAAGAACAAAAUACUCCAUUGCAUAUGUUCUGGAAAAACACUUAUCAUCACCCGGAAAAUACCACAGAAGAUCUGUGUUUCAGGGCCUGGAAUUCCUCCUAACGGGUUUUCCAAAUGGCAAGCAGAAAAAGAUUGAGCAACUCAUACAUAAACACGGUGGUAUAGUUCUGCAGGAUAUCCCCUCUCAUUCAAGUUCUAAACAGAGAAGGCAUUCAAAAGCUAGUUUCCGAUUGCUUCCCGUUAUUUUAUGUCUGAAGAAGCUACAAACUACCAAAUUCUUGUAUGGCUGUGCAGUGAAGACGUUGAUACUUCAACCCAAGUGGGUAACUGAUUCAAUUUCGGCCGGUUCAAUUCUUCCAUUUGUGAAAUACAUGAUUUUACCUAACCAGUCCAAGAUCAGAUGUACAAGAUCUGGAAAGCCAGUUCACUUUGUUGAAUCAAACCUCAUUUUUGAUGGAGUAGGCUUCAUGCUUUGUGGGAAAUGUAGGUUUUGUACUCAGCUUACAAUAAUAAUCAAGCACGGAGGGGGACACAUCUUCAAGUCUCUUCAUUCGCUCAUCCAAAGCAAAGAAGCAGGAAAGAUACGUUUCCCCGCCAUUGUUUAUGAAGAUGAGAGCAAGGUGUCUCGCCACUUGAGGCAAUGCGCAUUGGAGCGGGAGAUAAACGUGAUGCCGGCUAGUUGGAUAGUGAAGAGCUUGUUCUUUGGAAGCCUCCUGCCGACCACAAGAGAGUAACAAGUAUAUAUAUAUAUAUACCCUCCUUUGUUCAUUUGAUAUUUGUACAGCCCAAACCGUGAAGGUUGAUGUUUCCUUCCAUUUUGAAAAAAAUAUACUAAAUUAGUUUUUAUACGGGAUUUUGGAUCGAUUAUAAUUUAUAUUCCGUUAGA